CACAGAUGCAACAGAGGAGAACAGUGAAGUUACAGGCAGCCGUAAAAAGCACCUGAUCACCUGGAUCCAACAGGACACCAUCAACAUCCACCGACAGCUGGUCAUGGAGUAUGUAGGAAAAAUCUUGACCUUAUCUAAAAGCAUCAUCUGGAUGGUUGCUGAGGCGAAGGCCAAUAAAAAGCGCUGUCGCCGUCUCGCCGAAAGAGUCAAAGCCAUGGAGGAGCUGGUAGAGUCCAUCAAACGAAGAGGGUCGGGCCAGAUCUCCACAACCACCAACAGAGCUCUCUGGCAACUCUACAUGACUCUGACCACUGCCGAGGAACUGGUCAGGAAAAGCACCAAGACCAAAUUCCUGAACCAGUUGAAGUGCAAAAGCGAGUUCAACAGUGUGAACGAAAGUCUCAACGACAUCUUCCAGGUCCUCUCCGGAGCUUUGCAGGUUGAGCAGGGGAGCGUGAUGCUCAGGAUGUUUCAGGAUUACACUGUGGAGGAGGAGGAGGAUGACUGGGAUGAUGGAUUCGGGCUCUUUCGUGCCAGGGCCCCCAUGUCCUACUCUGGUGCCAUGGCCUCCGUGUCCUACUCCGAUGCCAUGGCCCCCGUGUCCUACUCUGGUGCCAGGGCCCCCGUGUCCUACUCUGGUGCCAGGGCCCCAGUCUGUUAUCCUGCUGCAGCGACACCUACGCCUUAUUCCGCUGCCCCCCCUGUGUAUACAUCCGUUAUGAAGGUGGAAGAUGCUACCAUGUUUUUCACAGAGGGGUUCUUUCUUGCGUAGCAAUUUUGGGAAGAUACUGUAUGUUGAAGUUUCAUUGUCUGUUGUUGUCUUAUUUACUCAGUCAUCAGCUCAAUAGACAUUCAGAGUAACACUGCCCCCGACUGUCAGAGCAGUGGAAUUGCCCAUUCCAACCUCCAACGCCCAGUUGUGGCUAACCCCUUCUCACUCCCAACUCAUCAAACACCGCCGACUGGGCGGCGCCCCACGACAUCGGAAACCCUUUAGCGACAGUUUGUGAUGAACCAGGCUUUCAAGUAACUCCAUUGUAAACCCACCCGUGGCGUUAUUCGACGGUCAGUGGUUGAUGGGUCAAACAAACACAAGACUUUCAACCAGGAGACCGCCAUCCGUGUCCCGUGUGAAACUGAAAGUUACAUUGACUUAUUUUGUCACGUACGUCAUUAGUCACGUGAGUCGUUAUUGUCAAUUCUCAGAGGCUACGUCCAAUUCUUUUAUACAGACUGUGUUUCCAGCAUUUGUACCAAAGGUGGUUGAUUCUGUAUAACUGGAUCAAUAUAGCUGCAGUGAUUCAAGCUGUCAACAUAACUCCUAAAAUUAUAACACAAAAUUAACAAAAUACUGUUUCCUCUCCCGACAAUCUGCAAAUACAAUUUGCCACAGAAAAAGCUUUCCUAAAUCAAAGAGAGAUGGAAGAAUUUUAAUGGGGUUUUAUGCUUUUAAUCAUCAACAUGAAAAGGACUCUCAAUCUCACCUAAUUUACACAACUAUUACUUUAUUAUUCUUGUGUGGCUUGAAACGUUCCUGCUUCUAUGGAUGAUGGUAAUGUACCUGAAUGUAAUUCUGCACAUCAGCUUUUGGUUAAAUUCUAACCGCCAUAAGGUUCUCUUUUUGUAUGAGAUUAUAGCAAUCAUUGUAGUUCACUGGGUAUCUUUCGGUCUACAUAGGGAGCCAUUUAUGAUAAUUAUGUUCUCAAUAUGACAGUGUAAGCUAUGGAUAAGUCUGGUAUUAUUCUAUAUUUUUCUUAUUGUAAAUAAAUACCAUGAAAAGACCAAAACCAAAAUUGUGUUAGACCGUCUCGCAACACGUCUUUAACUUCCUGUCUGUGUCUCUCAGCUCCAAGCCUGAAACAAAUACGGUGCAUGGUUGUGGUUUCAUUGAUAUGUUAUCAAGCGUUGAGACUGAGAGUUUGUAGAUGCGGUUAAUAAUUAUUUUCCAGCUGAUAUCUCCAACAGAAGGAAGCAGCGCGCUCCUUCAUGUCCUCCUCCACAGUGACCUGCCGUCAUGCUGCUGUUGAACACUCUGCUCGUAGUGUUGAGCUCUCAGUGUGUCUGGACCAGAAAGUCUGAACCAUUCCUUGAUGAGGCGAACGCAGGAUUGUUCAGAGGGUCGGACAAAUAUGACUUUGCCGUGGAGGUUCCUGCUGCGGGGAUGGAGUGUUUCUGGCACUUUGCCCACCAGAGUGGAAGCUUCUACCUGACAUACAUGGUGCAGUGGGUAACGGGGAUGGCCAAUGACCACCGGCUGUUGGUGACGGUCAGCUCACCACAGAGCGUUCUCGUGGCUUCAAAGAACGACGUCGUCGGUCAAAUGAACUUCCAGACUGAGGUGACAGGUUUUUACCGGAUCUGUCUUGGGAACCACAACAACCAGUUCGGAGGCAUCAGGGUCUUUGUGAACUUUGGCGUCAUCUACGACGGCUCUGAGGACUCAAAGAACGAGAUGGAGGAGGGAGAGAAAGUCCUCAACAGCACUUUGGCCGGCAUUGAGGGGAGUGUGCAGAAGCUCCAGAAUCAGAUCUUCCACAUUUGGCUUCAUUACAACUUCGCCCGCAUGAGGAAAGGGAAGGAUCACUACCUCCUCCUGUCCAACUUCAACUACAUCACCUGGUGGUCGGCGACCCAAAGCCUCGUCAUCCUCCUGUCCGGAUACCUGCAGCUCCGCGUCCUCAAAAGACUCUUCCACACGGACUCCAGCAGGCCGCGAUGCUGAAGGGAAGAACAUCCACACGUCUUCUAGCAUCAGUGCUAGAAGAUUACAUUUUCAAGAUUACCCUUACAUGUUUUCUGCUUUACCAUAUCAGAUUUUUAUUGAUACAUGGUUGGAAAAGAUACAAGAUCCUGCGCAGACAGGAAAGAGACAUUUGGUUCCUAAACGUUCUUACUGGUGCUUUAACCUGUUCAUAAAGUCACCCAGAUGUUUCACAACUUAUUGUCUCCAGUUCAGUUAUCUCUCAGAUAUGCCAAAACUUUUUUUGGGUCAACUUUUAAAUAAUGUCUUAUGAUGCCAAUCAUGAAAUAAACUUCUUUUCUCCAUAUUUGUCA